AUGACGCUCUUUUCUCCUGGUCGUUGCGGUUGUGCAACAAAUUCAAACAACAAACAGGUGCCACAUGCACCUAUGGUUGGCAUUCAAACUUUUCAUUUCAGAAUCGCGCAAUUUAACGGAAAUGCUUGGAAGGUAGGAAAAGUGAAAAAAGUUAAUGAAUGUCUAAACUGUGCUGAACACGAUAAAGGUUGA